GUUCAUUUCCUCCCUGACCAGCCCGCUGGACAAACUCAAGACGCUAUGGAAAAAGACAGAGAGGCACUGACAGCAGAGAUGGAAAAAAGGAGUCCGAACAUGACGUUUAUUAAUGACGCUAUGGAUCGUACGUUUCCCUUGAGGAGGAAGGAAAUAGUUGACCAGGAACCCGGUGUUGAUCUGGUGAAGCGCAGAUGGCCAGCACUUUUCAUGGAAUACCAGGUGAAUUGUGAAUUUCACAGAAUCACUAUGGUUGACCUGCAAAGAAAAUUCCUUGGUUUCCUGGAAACUCACACCCCUAAAAUCCUGAAGAUGUAUCGAACCAGAAGAACACACUUCGGUGAGGAGAUGCAGAAACUCCUUGACUCGUUGGAUAAGGAGAAAUCCUUGCCUCUGAGCCUCUACUGGUGGACGAAUGUAGAUGUUUCAAGUCAAAGACGACACUGUAGCUGUAUGUGUAACAGAGUGUAUACAUCUGACAUCUCUGGACACAGAAAAGCUGUAGCCCUCAGAGGACUUCCGCUCUUUGUCAGGGAUUAUGGAGCAGUGAAGAUCCUGAAAACAUGCUUGAACACUGAUCCAGAAGAACAACACACCAAAGGUGUGAGAAUGGCAGUCCUGACUGUGGUCGAGGACGAUGGCGGGGCUACAGCUUCACCUCACGUGGAGGACUUCGCAAUAGUGCUUGAAGAAUGUGUGGUAAUCCACAAUAUUAAGAAUUUGCCUUCUGCGUUUUCCUUAUUUUUUGGAUUGUUAUAUGUGCUAAAUUUCCAGUACCCCAAGGAAUUGAAGUACACGUGUGAAAUAAUUCAGAAAGUCUUUCUUGGUCUUGGGGAUGACUGCUCUGCCAGAGCUCAAUCAUUCAAAAACAAACUGUUACGGUAGCUACUGGCUGAAUUUGUAAAAUUCAUUGCCUGGUGUGCAAUG